GUGAAAUUGUUCUGAAAUUUUAAAAAAUAAUAAAAACAACGAUUCAAAAUGAGAACAAAACCGAAGUUGACUUUUUCGAAACUGGAUGAUGAGACAGGUGAAUCAUUGGAUAGAAUGUUCGAGAAAAAGGAUUGCAUGGUGGAGAUUAAUCCGGGAAGAGUAAUAUUGCCAGCGGACUAUAUGACCAUAGGACAAGAUAUUUUGGAUAUGGAGGUGCUGGGAGAGGAUGUGUGGAUGUGUUCAUAUCCAAGGACUGGUUCUACGUGGGCUCAAGAAAUGGUAUGGCUAAUUGGACACGAUCUGGACUAUGAAGGAGCAAAGUCAUUGCAACAGAUCCGAUGUCCUCUCGUAGAGUUGUCUUGUAUAAUGGUGGAUGGUCAUGCGGAAUGGCAUGACGAAUCUGUGAAGGGGACCUCUGUCGACUUGGUGAAAUAUCGGCUGCCCCAUCCUCGCUACAUACGUAGCCAUCUGCCUUGGGAUCUGUUACCGCUUGACAUACAAAGAGAAGAUGGUUCUGCGAAGCCCAAGAUCAUAUACACAUCCCGCAACCCUAAGGAUAUGGUGGUCUCGUAUUUCCACUAUUGUACCUUAGUCCAUGGAUUGAAAGGUACCUUCGAAGAGUUCUGCGACCUGUUCAUGCGGGACCGCGCCCCAUUCGGUCCAGUUUGGAAUCAUAUUCUUGGUUUCUGGAACAGACGCCAUGAUCCUAACUUGCUCUUCAUCAAGUUUGAAGAAAUGAAACGGGACUUACCUUCCGUAAUAAGGAAGACGGCACAUUUCCUCGGCAAAACCAUGUCUGACAUGGAAGUUGAGAAAUUGUGCGAUCAUCUCUCAUUCCAAAAUAUGAAAAGUAAUAGAGCUGUCAAUUUAGAAGCUAUCUUGGAGAAAUCAUUUGGCAAAAGCUAUUUGGAACAAACUGAUUUGAGAUUUAUCAGGAAAGGGGAGAUUGGAGAUUGGAAGAAUUACAUGUCGGAUGAUUUGUCUAGAAGGUUCGAUGAGUGGGCAGAACAACAUUUGAAGGGUACUGAGUUAAGUUUUGAGUAAUGUGGUUUAGGUCAAUUACAUGUAUGUUAUUAUGUAAGAUUGCUUUAAUUUUUUAUAAUUACUAUAAUUAUGUUGUUUUUUUUUUAAU